AGUUGAUUGUCUAGUCUUUAUCCUUUAAGAAUAACCUUCUGUUUAACUCUCAAACAUCUUCUUGUCGCCUUGCAUCCUUCAUAGACCUAUUUCAGAUUUUGCUGCUUGAAAUACUGUGUGCAUCGAUUCCUACUAUAGCAUACAUCCACUGAUGCACCAUGAAAGAACACAAGAUCGUCAGCUCUGCAAGUUCGGGGGUUACCAAGACAGUCCAUCCUCAUGUCGACUUCGAUGGUCCUGAUGAUCCCCUCGAUCCACUCAACUGGCCGAUCAAGAAGAAGGUAUAUAUUUGUGCCAUCUUGGGUCUUAGUACUAUGAUUGUCGCCUUUGCCAGCAGUAUCUUUGCCCCAGCUAUCCCCGUCGUGGUACAUCUCUAUGGCAUCAGCAAGGAAGUGGCCACGUUGGGUGUCUCCCUCUAUGUCUUUGGAUUUGCAGCUGGUCCUUUGGUCUUCGGCCCCUUUUCCGAGCUCAAGGGGCGAUACAUUCCUCUCGUCCUGUCCAUGUUCGGUUUCACAAUCUUCUCGUUUGCCACUGCCGUCUCGAAGGAUGUCCAAUCCCUCUUCAUUCUUCGAUUCUUCACUGGUUUCUUCGGGUCUGGUCCCCUGACGCUCGCCGGCCCAGCAUUUGCCGACAUGUUCUCGCCCCAGCAGCGCGGUGUCCCUAUCGUCAUGUUCUGCCUGAUGGUGUUCAUCGGCCCCCUGGCGGGACCCUUUACCGGUGGCUUUAUCAUCAUGAACCAUUCCUUGGGUUGGCGUUGGACGGCAUACAUCCCCGGAAUCCUGGGUGGCGCCGCUCUCGUCCUUCUGGCACUCUUACUCGAAGAGACCUUCCAGCCUACAAUCCUGACCCGGAAAGCAGAGCGGCUGCGCCACGAAACAGGCGACUGGUCCCUCCACUCCGAACAAGAAGAGAUGAAACUUGACUUCCGCAGCAUUGUCGAAAACAACGUCAGCCUACCCUUAAAGAUGCUGGUCAAGGAACCGAUCGUCCUGUGCAUGUGUAUCUUCGGUUCCUUCGUGUACGGCCUCCUCUACCUCUUCCUCACAGCCUACCCGUACGUCUUCCAACUCAACCAUCGUAUGAACCCCGGUGUCGGCGGACUGCCAUACGUCGGCGUCAUCAUCGGAACCCUCCUGGGCGCUGUCGCCACCGCCGCAACCCAGCCCUGGGUGCUGCGCAAGCUGAAGCAGAAUAACGGCGAGAUGAUGCCCGAAUGGCGUCUCCCCGUCGCUAUCCCCGGCGCGGUGCUGUUCACCGGCGGACUGUUCUGGCUUGGCUGGUCCGGCUACAAGGGCAGCAUUCACUGGAUUGUCCCAACGGCAUCCGGACUGUUCACGGGCUUCGGGUUACUGACCAUGUUCCUACCCUCGCUGGCCUACCUGGUGGAAUCCAGCGGUGACAAAUCCGCCUCCGCCAUCGCAGCACACACAUUCCUCCGUUCAGCAGCUGGAGGCGCAUUCCCCCUCUUCGCAACCCAAAUGUUCGAUGGCCUCGGCGUAGAGUGGGCCUGCACCUUACUCGGCUGCGUCAGCGCCUUGCUCAUCCCCAUCCCUCUCCUACUGUACAUCUUCGGCGCCCGCAUCCGCGCCCGCUGUGAGCUUUCCGCUUAA